CUGCCCGCCCCUGCGUUUGCACAGGCCCUUCUGCGGGCGAGCCGCUCUGACCUUUGCUCUCUGACCUUUGCAGCUGACCUCUGCCUUCUGGCCAGCACCUGAACUGAAACAGAAAGGCCGCCCUGGGGGCAGGGCUCCGGUGCACUGCUGCAGGCCCCCUGUGCGCAGAUGAUGGACUCCGUGUUCGAGAAGUGGAAGCUCUAUGGGGACCAGUGUCUGUACAACCUGAGCCUGCUGCCGCCCCCCACGGAGCUGGUCUGCAACAGAACCUUCGACAAGUACUCCUGCUGGCCCGACACGCCCCCCAACACCACGGCCAGCAUCGCCUGCCCCUGGUACCUGCCCUGGUACCACAAAGUUCAGCACCGGUUCGUCUACAAGACGUGCGGGCCGGACGGGCAGUGGCUGAGGGGGCCGCAGGGGCAGUCGCUGAGAAACGCCUCCCAGUGCCGGAUGGACAAGGAGGAGCUUGAGGUGCAGGUCAGCCCAUGGACUGGAUCAAGCUGGACCCUGAUGGGACCGAGUGUGGUGGUGGCUGGCUGCCCCAUGGAGCAGGUCCCGGCUGCCACCUCUCGCCAGCGCAGGCGGCCUCAGCCGCCCCAGGCCGAGGGGAUAGUCCCCCAUUAG